AUGCGCAACGAUGAACAAAGUUCGGUACUUGACGAAAGUCUCAAGUCAAUCGAAACAUUAAAAGCCGAGAUCACGGCACUGAAGGAUACUCUGACCAGUCGGGACUCCGAGAUCCAAAGUUUGUACCAAGAAAAAGCCGAACUCGACAAAAAAACUUCGCUUUUGAGUCUGAAUCUGGAAGAAAUGAAACAACAGGU